UCAAAGCAUUCACCUUCUCAUUCGCAUCAGCUCAAUCGCAAAGAAAGAGAGAAAAAACACAAGAAAUUUCAGCCAUGUCUGGAAGAGGCAAGGGAGGAAAGGGUCUCGGAAAGGGAGGAGCCAAACGACACCGUAAGGUUCUCAGAGACAACAUCCAGGGAAUAACAAAGCCUGCAAUUCGUCGUCUCGCAAGACGUGGUGGAGUGAAACGUAUCAGCGGUUUAAUUUAUGAGGAAACUCGCGGUGUUCUCAAGAUCUUUCUUGAGAACGUGAUUCGUGAUGCUGUUACCUAUACAGAGCAUGCUCGCCGUAAGACUGUUACUGCGAUGGAUGUUGUUUAUGCUCUUAAGAGACAGGGGAGGACUCUUUAUGGAUUUGGGGGUUAGAAAAUUAGGGAUUGGAAUGUUAAUUAGGGUUUCUUGUAUUUUGAAUCUCGUGUUGAUAAGUAGUGUGUAAUAUUACUGGGUUUUAGCAUUGGCAAUGGUUUUUGCUAUUCUCAGAGUUAUUAAUGGGUGAUUUGAAUUUUCAA